CCGUUGCCAGGAAGUGACGUAGCGUUGUUUCUGGUUCCUAGUAGCGAAACGUUUUGUUUUUAAUGCAGUUUGCGGUUUGUUCGUGCGUCUCCUCAACUGAACGCGUCUUCUCUAAAGAAGUAAAUGCAACCGUAACGUGAAACACCGUUUGUCGUGCGACCCUUCGUCAGGUUCAGUGUGUUAGGGCAGACUAUCAUGUUCAACCCCAAUGAACUAGAAGGUGAAGUGGAUCAUUCGUUUUUCGAUAGUGACACUGAUGAUGGUAGCAUCAGCAGAGAUAGAGGGAAAAAGAUGGGGAGCCCACCAGCACAAGAGAGGCUUCAUGCAAAACAGACUGAAAAAACAAAAGACUGUUUCUCCCCAAGGACUGAUGGGACAGAAAAACACCUGAUGCGAGUGAAGAAAAACAGAAGCAGGGAGGAAAGGAAAGGGAGCCAUCAAUCAAAGGAAGAAGAGAGAAGCAGGGCAUCCAAUGUACCACCUGUUGCCUCUACUUCAGAUAAAGUCAUCAAUAAUAGCAGCGAUAGUGAAGAAGAUUACAGUUUGCACUCUAAAAGCCUCAAUAAGACAUUUAUGCCUUUGUUGGCUGAGGCCAGAGAUGUACAUGAUAAGGAUGUGUACACCCAGAGUCUUAAUAAGACUGAAGAAGAAACAUUACCAUCUAGUGCCAAACACUUAGGCUCAAAAAGGACAAAUGAGCAAUCUCCUAAAAAACUGAUAAGAAGCUGGCACACUUCAAAUGAGGCCAGUGUAGAUGCAGACUCAGAAAGCUCUUCUAGUAGUAGCAGCAGUGGAAGAAGCAGAUUAGGGUCCCCCACCCUUCCCAAACCCAAGAAGUCUCUUUUAUUCCUUGGAGAGAGAAGGGCCAGAGUGGUCUCAGCAGGAUCUCGGGAUUUGCCUGCCGGCCGCACAGAGUCGUCAGAUGAUACUGUGACAGAUGUGAGCCCCCUGUCCUCUCCUGACAUCAGCCCUCUGCAGUCAUUGGACCUGAACCACACAGAGGCUGAAGAGGGAAAGGAGGAGGAGGAGGAGGAGGAGAGUGUGCCCUCCAGUGGCCUCAGCAAUAUACAUCAAGAUGAGGACUCAGAUCAAGAUGUGGAUGAGUGCUCUCUCAGUUCAGAGAGUCAUCUGGAAGGGAAACUGGUCUUCCUCUGUCCUGGAAGGAGAAACAGGAAGAAUUACUCAUUCACCAAUGAGGAGGUCCGGCACAUAGAUCGAGAGAACCAGCGACUUCUUCGGGAGCUGUCACGCAUUUCUUCAGGGCCCAGACGGGGAAGUGUAGUGGGGAAGAAAACCAAUAUGGCCGGUAACUCACCUCUCAUUCGCCUCACUCACAGUGCAGUCAACAGGCAGCGGGAACAGAAGCGCAUUGAGAGGGACAACCUGGCUCUCCUGAAGAGACUGGAGUCUGUCAAGCCUACACCUGCCCUAAGGCGCUCAGAGCAACUAGCAGACUACCAGCACCAGCUCGGAUAUCUAGGAGCUCCUUCAUACCCCAUCUGUGGGUCUACUUCAAGAAAAGAGAGGUCCACCAGCAGGGCAAACGCAAGUCCCAGGUCAGCCAGUUCUGCCCACCACAGCCCCAGAGCAGUUUCCACCACCACUGACUCCAGUAGCACACCUGUACCAAGGUCAAAAAAACUGAGUGCAGUCCGACCAGCCUGGUGCUAAGACACCUGUGUUGAAAUUAUAAAAAUAACAAACAGUUCAUUGUUUUAGUAUUUCAGUAAGUGAUGUUUCAAUUAAAUCCGCAUUUUUUGUUUGCCUCCUCUCACAAUUUAGGAUGGAACUAAGGACUUGUGUUUUCAAGCAAUGAAAAAGUUAUUAAAAAGUUGAAUGUUAUGUAUAUUUCAUUCCUUAUAAAAUAAAGCUGCUGGUUCCACUAGUUAGCAGUGUGCUAUUUGCAACAUUAAAUAGGGUAAUCAUUGUCUGAACUAUACUACCCUUGUGACCAGUUUGUACCAACUGUACACAUGCCACACACAAAAGGAAGAGGAUUUUUUAAUAGUUUUUUGAUUAGGAGAGUGGUUUUACAUUAAACUACUCAGUGUUUUUCUAUGGUAAUCAUGAAUUUGAAUAUUUGGAAAGGGUUCUUUAAAGAACCAAAAUCGUUGUGGUACAAGCCUUUCUGCUAUGUAUGAACAGAUUUUUGCCAAACGAUUUACUACAGGUGGAAAAACAGGGUGCUGAUGUCAUCUCUCAGUUUAAAGACUGUGCAUAUUUUGAUGAAAUCCUCU